CGAAUCACGAUUCUACACCUGGAAUGAUUCAUUCAAUUCCUUGCUUAGUCUAGAGUGUUAAGGUCUAUCUAGUAAUGUUAAUUGGACAAAUUUUGUAAAAAAUUUUUCAACAAUCAUAAAUAAUUAUCUAAUGGCCGAUCCACGUAUUCGUACUAUUAAAAUAAAAUCCGGUGUUGUUAAAAGGUUAGCCAAAGAAAAAAUUGUUUAUGAACGAGAAGCUGAAGCACAAAAAGUGCGCAUAGAAAAGUUGAAGGAACAAGGUAAAGAUGAAUAUGAACUUAAGAAACAAGAUGAAGUAUUGAAUGAAAGUUUGAUGAUGAUACCUGAUUGUCAAAGGAGACUUUUAGUAGCAUAUGAAGAUUUAAAAAACAUUUUAGAGACUGAAAAGGAUCUAGAACAAACUGAGGACUAUAUUGCUGCACAGAAGAUCUUGAAUGAAGCUAAACUUCAGUUACCUAAAGCUGGAGACAUUCACAUGUGUUAA